CCUCAUAUGGCCCCCUCCUCCACCAAAUUUCUUAACCCCAGUUAAUGCUUCCUUAACUAUGGUUAGCUUAAACCCCCACAAACCUUAACCCUAGUUAAACCCCACUCUCCUUCCUCUUUAUCUGACACUCCCCCACUCUCCCCCUUUCGCUCUUUGCAAAAAAACACACACACCAGCUUAGUUUAGUUUACCACUAUACCGUUUUUCUCUUCACAAUGGGCGCAUUAAACCAGAGUUUGGUCUUUCUCUGCCUGAGUAUAUUGGCCCUAAACGCCGUCGUUUCGGCCCACAACAUCACCGCCAUUCUUUCGGAAUUUCCCGACUACUCCGAUUAUAACAAAUACCUUACCCAAACCAAGCUUGCCGAUGAAAUCAACAGCCGUACAACCGUAACCGUCCUUGUCCUGAAUAACGGCGCUUUCUCUGCCCUCGCAUCCAAACACCCCGCUUCCGUCCUCAAGAAGGUUCUCAGCCUCCACAUCGUUUUGGACUACUUCGACGCUCAGAAGCUCCACAAGCUCCCAGACGGCUCCACCUUGUCCACCACUCUUUACCAAACUACCGGAAAUGCCCCCGGCAACCUCGGAUCCAUCAACAUCACCGACCUCAAAGGCGGCAAGGUCGGCUUCGGCUCCGCGGCUCAAGGCUCCAAGCUCGACUCCACCUACACCAAGACAGUCAAGGAGAUCCCUUACAACAUCUCCGUCCUCGAGAUCAGCGCGCCGAUCAUCGCGACCGGGAUUCUGACGGCUCCGGCUCCGUCGGCUUCCGACGUUAACAUUACGGCAUUGCUUGAGAAAGCCGGCGCCAAGAAGUUUGCGUCGUUGAUUUCCUCGAGCGGCGUGAUCAAGACUUACGAGUCCGCGGCUGAGAAGGGAUUGACUAUAUUUGCGCCGAACGAUGAGGCCUUUAAGGCUCCGGGAGUUCCAGAUCUGAACAAGCUCACCAACGCUGAGCUGGUCUCGCUCUUACUCUAUCACUCCCUCGCCGGUUACACUCCCAAGGGUUCUCUGAAGACCACCACCGCUUCAUUGACCACUCUCGCCACCAACGGCGCCGGGAAGUACGACAUCACGGUGACGACCGCCGGCGACUCGGUGACUCUCCACACGGGAGUCGAUUCGUCCAGAGUCGCCGACACGGUGCUCGACUCAACCCCGCUCGUUAUUUUCACCGUCGACAACUUGCUCCUCCCGACCGAGUUGUUCGGCAAAUCGCCAUCGCCUGCGCCGACGCCGGAGCCGGUUUCCUCGCCGUCACCGACUCCGGUUCUUGCUCCGGCUCCGGUCUCCGAGGCUCCCUCUCCUCUCGCCGCUUCCCCUCCGGCGCCGCCGACGGAGACUCCCGGAGAAGCUCCAGCGGACGGUCCGGCGGCGGAGUCGGCGAACAGCAAGUCGGCGAACAGGGCUGGUCACGUGGAAGCACCUGCAUUGCUGACGGCGCUGCUAACUGUCUCUGCCGCAGUCGUUUCCGCAGUCGUCUUGUCCUGAAAUCGUAAUUUCACGUUCCUUUGAUUUAUAUUUUCGUCAUUUCCUUUUUUUUUUUUCUUUUUUUCGGGCUAGGAGAGAGAGUUUUAUCUUUUAUGUCGAAUUUAAUUUAUUUAAUUUACGGGUUUGUGAAGUGAGUGGUGAGCUUGCUGCGCAUUUUAGCAGCAAUGGUGAGGGACAGUGAGUGAGCGAGUUAGUUGCUUUUUUUCUUCUUUUUUUUUUUCCAUAAUUUGUGUUUUUAGUUUUAUUUAUUUUUUUUGUUCAUGUGGUAUUAUAUAUUAUCGCGUGCUUCGCAUCACGUUUCGCUGUAAUAUUCUUGGUUUGCCGAUAUAUGUGAUGUAC